AGCGAACAGACAACGGUGGAUACGGAGCAUAACCUGGCAACGCCUCAUGUAACAAAAGGAAACUAGGCUGACGUACAGUAGAGGUAUCCGCUGUUAUAAUUCACUAAUUUACUGAGAAUUACGCCCCACUUUGUCUCCGUUUCCUCCAAAUAAUAUUUUUUAGCGCCCACAGCGAAGAUGGAUUGAUAAGCGAGAAGUUGAGUCUGAUUCCAUACAAGUUGUCGAGGUCUUCUCAUGGCCCUUUUGGGCCCAGGAAGAGGAUGCAUCGUGGCGGGGAUAAAGAUUUUCAGUCAUCGGCUCGAAAGAUGGGCACAUCUUUGCUUUUCCAGCUGUCUGCUCAUGAAAGAGAGCUGGAUUUAGUGUUUCUGGACCACAGCUAUGCCAAGCCAUGGAAUGCCCAUCCAGAUGCCAGCAGCGCCCGCCCCACGAGGACACUGUUUGUUACCCCUCGUCGUCAGCCUGAAGCCUUGAAAGACUCUGAUUCUUUAAUUGAUGUGGAAACUGUCACACCAACACCUGUGCCUCUGUAUGACAACCAUAAAGCGCUCAGUGUGAUGAAGGAGUGCGAGCGACACGUUCUGUUUGCUCGCACUGUCGCAGAGAGCCCUCCACCGCCCGAUGAUUGGGAAGAACAUUUAAACAAGACUGGAUGGACAGUGGCCCAAAACAAACUGUUCAAUAAAGUUGUUAAAGCUCUUCAAGCUGAACGACUUGCUCGCCUGGCAAAUGAAAAUGCUUCCAAUGAGCCGAUUUUGCGGCGGGUGGCCGUGGACAAGUGUGCCAGGAAAGUGCGUCAUGCGUUAGCCAGUGUGAACUGGGACAUCAAACUGACCCAGUGGUUACACACCACAAUGAUCGAGUCCUUAAGUCUGGCCAUGCUUGCUGCCUAUCUGGACGUACUGCAGACUCUCAAAAGCAAGUUGCCCUCGCUGAUUGACAGAAUGUUGAUGCCUACGUCAAAGACUGGCACUCCGAGUGCUGAGGCCCUGUCACUGCUGCUGAAACGGCCUUGGGACCCGGCUGUUGGAGUUCUAUCGCAAAACAAACCGAGCAAGCUUCCCGGAUCCCCUCUCAUCCUCAUUGCACCGUCUAGUCCAAACUAUCCCACCCUCUCUACCUCGCGGCGAAUGAGAUUCUGGCAAUCGCAGCUCUCCUGUCUAGGAAAGGUCAUACCCGUGCACACACAUGUCAACAGCAGCGCCAAUAUUGGUAUCACCCAGUGUCUGGAACACAUGUUGGGUACAGUCAGAGCCAAGGUCAUGGAGGUUCACAGUCACUUCCCCCACAAACCCAUCAUCCUGGUUGGCUGGAGCGCCGGUGCUCUCAUCGCCUGUCACGUAUCCUUGAUGGAGUAUCUGACUGCUGUGGUAUGUCUUGGCUUCCCGCUACUCACAGUCAAUGGGCCAAGAGGGGAUGUGGAUGACCCCCUGCUGGACAUGAAGACCCCAGUGUUGUUUGUUGUUGGCCAGAAUGGUUUACAGUGUAGUAUAGAAGGUAUGGAGGAGUUCAGGGAGAAGCUGAGGGCUGACAACAGCAUGGUGGUGGUGGGAGCAGCGGACGACAACCUCAGAAUAAAUUCAGCUAAGAUGAAAACAGAAGGGCUGACACAGACCAUGGUGGACCGCUGCAUUCAGGAUGAGAUCUCUGACUUCCUGUCAGGUGUUCUCACAAGGGCAGAGGGCCACGGUCACAGUUCGGGGGAGAUGAGGGACCUGGACACGGAGAAGAAGAAAAGGCCUCGACGAGAGCUUCCCUUUGACAUGGAGAGAGGACGACCUUCAUCACCUGCACUGAGAGUUCCCAUCUCACCAUCAGGUUCAGAGGAUCUGUCUAGUGUCUGUAGCAGUCCCACUUCAAGUCCCAAACCCAAGACAUCUGGUCUGUCUCCGGCACAGAAGUCCAGUCUGAUCACAGCAACUCAGCUCCUGAAGACACACAUGCAGCGCUCUGGCACAGUCCUCACCCACAAGCAGGCUCAAGCUCAGUUUGCUGCUUUUAUGAAACAAAACAUUUCUGGGAGGAAAAAUCUUCCUCCUGGCACUCCUCCUUGUAUCUUUGUGCCAGUGACCAGUGAUCAGAUGGACGGUCUUGACAGAGAUGAACUACGGCCCCAUGGCAAGAGGCGGCAGGCGCCCAGUCCCACGCCAAGCAAAGCCUCCAAGAGAGCCAAGAUCAAGGUGACCAUUGUUUCCCAAAGCGAGUCAGCAGGGGGCGCCAUCAGCCCUGCUGCACAGGAAGCGGGUGUCUCUGGGAAGCCCUUGACGGUAACAAUGGGACAGACUGUAGCUGGAGCCAAGGAGCUCUCUGGACUUCUAACAGGCCAGCGGUCUGGUAGUCUCUCAGAGGUGUCUGGUGCCCUGUCCCCAGGCUCCAGCUCAUUCUGCAGCGUGCAGCCUUGCAUGGUGUCAGGUUCCUCCACACCAGUCCAGGCACAAGCUCCGGCUAAUGCCCAAGGGCCUUCCGCCAGCAGUCUGCUCCAAGGUCUAAGUUUCAGUCUUCAGGAGAUUAUCACCAAAGCUCCUAGUUUGCCUUCCACAGCAGGCAGCACACAGGCAACUUGUGGGAAGCCCCAGGCUCAGGUCCUGAGCUCUGUGGGUAACAGCGGCAGUGCUCUGUUACGGGCGGUGCCUGUAGUCACCACAGGAGGAGUGGCUAAAACCACCGCCAUCCACCAGCUGCUCACCAACGGCGGACUGGCCAAACUUGCCAGCAGCUUGCCUGGCCUGGCUCACAUCACCAACCAGACCGCUGUCGGGCAGAAAGCCCCCACUUCUAUAACGGUGACACUACGAGGAGCACAGACCGGUAGAGUGGGAUCUCUCUGCCACGGUGGUGAGUCUGUGACACUGCCUCCUCCUACCUACGAGCCCAAGCAGUGAGAAUCUCAGCCACUGGGUGACACACCUGAUGUAGCCCGGUGCUGUACCAGAAGCAUCUGGGAGCCACAGCCUGCUGAUGAGCUCACACCCUCGCUGUAAUGAUGUAAACAACAACUACCCCCACAAUGUGAAACAGAGCACACCUGCAUCCUCACAUCCUCGAGAGGGAGAGCUCCCCUGACGAGAUGGUCGGGAAAGGCCAGAUGGUCACAGUUGGUUAAAAAUAAGCUGCUGCUGCUGCUGCCGCACAGAUGGGUAACGCGUACUAUGGUUGAAGAAACUCUCUGUUCUCUCUUCUUUUACCUUUUUAGAUUUUAAUCAAGACAGCUAUAUAUAGCUAUAUAUACAUUUUGAGGACAUGUCGCCUGUGAAAAGAAAGGAUCUUGUGAGGAUUGACCACAACCACCCUGGACUGUGAGAGUAACACUGUUAAAAGACAGAUAUGGAAUCAUUGGUCCAAAACAAAACUCAAUAUCAGUCCAAUACUGGCCAAAAACUCUGGAUCGGAUGUUGGAGAAGGAAAAAAAAAAUCCUAAAUAUGAAGAAAAUGCUCCACAAUGUCGCCAAAAAUGCUAUAAAGAGAAUAAUGUAGUGGCAAAGGUGUGAGCAAGUGGCAACUGAACUUCCAUUUGAAGCCUCCUGAAUCGUGAUUUGGCCGGUGCCAUGUUGACAUUUUGUAAAUGGAAGUUCACAUCAUCUGACAUCAUCUGCAACCAAGCUUCUAUUGGAUGAUACCAAACUGUCAAUCACCAGGCUCUCAAACUCAAAUUAAUCUGGGGGGGCCACUGAGCAUUUAGUAUGGUCAGGAGGUGGCUGCACAAGUGAAAAUUCCAACUUCAGUAGGGGUGGGUGAAUGAUACAUCAUGAUAUGCAAUAACAAUAUUUGUGAUGAUGUUAAACAGUUUCAAAAGAAGGACUUUGAAAAUGUUUUAUAAAUCUCCCGUGACUCAUUUGCCCUGAACCACACUUUGGGAAUGACUGGUUGAAACUACUGUAUGAGACAAUAUUUCCCAUUUGUGCCGCAUCAUCAGCUGGCUGUAUAUGGACUCUUGUGUUUGAAAGUCCUUCAUUAAAGAAAACACUUUUUGGGGCCA